UUUGAAAAUAUGAAAGUGAUCACAACGGUUUUCCUAGUUAUUGCGAGUGUAGUAUUGGGCCAGGAACUAUCGAAGGAUGUUUGCCCACCUGGUCCUCUUAAUCUUCUGUACAUCAGACCUCAAUGUUGUGGACUCGAUUUUCUAGACUUAGGCUUACUAGGUAUUGACUGUCAGGAUCCACCAAUGCCGGUAAAUGGUACUAAUUUCAAAGCAGUGUGCAAACAGCGUAAACCUGCAUGCUGUUCCGUAUCCGUUCUCGAAUUAUUGGGAUUACGACUCAUAUGUAGAAAGCCGAAUGCUGAGUGAACAUAUUUCAAUCAAUCUAUUCAAUCUGUACUUAUUGUCUGCACUUGCACUUUUAAAAACGCACCGGAAGUUUGAGUUUAUCGCAUUGCUUUCUACAAAUUUUACGAACAUUUUCGAGAAUUACUUUGAGGUGAAGUGGGUGAAGUUCACCUGUUGAACCGGAGAAAUGAUAACAGAUGACUCUGCGCCAGUGAGACGACAGCAACGGCAUCUGUUAUGAUUUUUCUGAGGUAUACACUUGCAAAUUUGGAGUCUGUAACGAGAGACAACGCACAAAUUGUUUUGGACUGUAAAUGGAAUGAAGAAGUGUGUCACCCCUCUGUUUACGUAGAAAUUUUUGAGUACGGUGAGUACGAUGUUUAUCAUAAUUCGGCACUAAAUUUAAAAAUGUUGUUAAACAAUGCUGUUAAAAUAAAUGCUUUUAA